UUACAGAAGGUAUAAAUAUCUACAAUUUACUCGUAACCGUGGUUCAACAGUCUUCAUUCAAACAACAACAAAAAAAUCUUUUGUACUGUUUCAACUACAACUACUYUUAAGUCUCAAAUCACCAUCGUCCGUCGACGUAGACACUUACUAGUCUUAGUAGUCUACACAGACCACAGACAAGACUAUAUAGUGUAUAGUUUUUAUGUACUUUAAAUACCACCACCCACGAUUUAUGAUAAGUAUUAUCUAUGGCCGUGAUACUGAAUUCUGUGAUACUAUAAAAAAAAAGUUUGUAUACCACCACAGAAAUACAAAUACCUCAUGGCUUCGUGUUUUAUGGGCCGGAGUUAAAACUAACUGUUAAAAGUGAUAACCGAUAAGUCAUUUGGCUCCAACAUGAAUUUGAUGAAUUUGGAAAUCGAAUUUUCAAGCAUAAACCACUAGUGAAAUAAGUUUAUUUCUUAACAAUGGUUAUUAGCAUAGGAUUCGAAGGAAGUGCAAAUAAACUAGGUAUUGGAAUUGUUAAAGAUGGUGAGGUGCUAGCGAAUUGUAGAAGAACAUACAUAACACCGCCUGGUGAAGGAUUUUUACCUCGAGAAACUGCAAAACAUCACCAGGAUAAUAUUGUAUUGUUAUUAGAAGAAACAAUCAAAACAUCUGGCGUACUACUAGAACAGAUUGAUAUUGUAUGUUUUACAAAAGGUCCUGGAAUUGGUAGUUCCUUAACUAGUGUUGCUGCUGUAGCACGCACCCUUGCUCAACUUUGGAACAAACCUUUAAUACCUGUUAACCAUUGUAUUGCACAUAUAGAAAUGGGUCGUUUAAUAACUGGUAGUGACAACCCUACUGUUUUAUAUGUUAGUGGAGGAAAUACUCAAGUCAUAGCUUAUUCUGGGAGAUAUUAUAGAAUAUUUGGUGAAACAAUAGAUAUUGCAGUUGGAAAUUGCUUAGAUCGAUUUGCGAGAGUUUUAAAAUUAUCCAAUGACCCUAGUCCUGGUUAUAAUAUUGAACAAAUGGCUAAAAAUGGAAAAAAAUAUCUUAAAUUACCUUAUGUGGUUAAAGGUAUGGAUGUUUCGUUCUCUGGUAUACUAUCCUAUAUUGAAGAAAAAGCACCAUCAUUGUUGUCAUCUGGUGAAUAUACUCCUGAAGAUUUGUGUUUUUCACUUCAAGAAACUAUUUUUGCAAUGCUAAUAGAAACAACAGAAAGAGCAAUGUCUCAUUGUCAGUCAAAAGAAGUACUAAUAGUCGGGGGUGUUGGUUGUAAUGAAAGAUUACAAGAAAUGAUGAAAAUUAUGUGUGAAGAAAGGGGUGCAGUAUUAUAUGCUACUGAUGAAAGAUUUUGUAUAGACAAUGGAGUAAUGAUAGCUCAUACUGGAGCAUUAAUGCAUAAUAGUGGAUAUAAGACUACAUGGGAAGAUACAUUUUGUACACAGAGGUUUAGGACAGAUGAAGUUGAAGUUACAUGGAGAUCAUGAAAAUGUGUUAAAGCUUUUUUUACAUACACUACAUAAUUUUUCAAGUUAUACAAAUAACCAAAGUAUUCUUGCUAAAACACAAACUAAUAAAGCAAAUACAGGCCAUA